AUGGGCGCCCACGCAGGCUGCGAAGGCUGGUGCCAGUGGGUAUCGCAACCCUCCUGGCACUACAUGGACAACUGCAGGGGCUGCAAUGCAAACCAGGCAUUGGUCAAAGCAGCCGUCCCAGAUAGCAGCGGUUCAGCGAAGCUUGCAGGCAAGAAACCUGGCCUGAAGACCAAGUCGCGAUGGGCAGAUUGGUGCAAGUGGGUGCCUCCAUCCUCGUUGCAAUACGUGGGCGAGUGCUCCGGCGGAAGACCAGCCACGCAGGGCUCGCACAGCGGUGGGCGCCCAGACUGGUGCAAGUGGGUUCCCGCUGCGUCGCUGCAAUACGUGGGAGAGUGCUCCGGUGCCACACCCUCCACGCAGGGCAAUGCUGGGACCGGGCACCCUGAAUGGUGCAGCAGGGUUCCUUCUGGGUCGCUGCAGUAUGUGCCGGAAUGUUCUAGCCUUGCGCCCACGACGCAGCACGGCAAUGCUGCUGGGCACCCUGAAUGGUGCAGCAGGGUUCCUGCUGGGUCAUUGCAAUAUGUCCCGGAAUGCUCCGGCCUGGCGCCCGCGACGCAGCAGGGCAACCAGCCCCAGCGCCCGGAUUGGUGCAAGUGGGUGCCUGCUGCCUCAGUGCAGUACGUGGAUCAGUGCUCCGGCAACUUUGCGCCUGCACAGGGCGCAGGAGAUGCUGGCUGGGGCUACGGAGACGGACCGGAGGGCUGCGUCAACUGGUGCGUGUGGGUCCCGGGCAACAAGUGGCACGAGAGAGAUGACUGCAAGAAGUGCGCGGAGUAUUACCCAGUGGAGCCGCAGGGCUUUGCCCAUGCAGGCUGCGCCGGCUGGUGCCAAUGGGUGUCGCAACCCUCGUGGCAGUAUGUGGGCAACUGCAGGGGUUGCAACGCAAACCAGGCAGCAGUGAAAGCGGCCAUGCCGAAUUCCAUCGCCUCCGCGAAGCCAACAGGCGGAGAGAAGACGCCGGAGAAAGCAGAGGCGGAGACGCCGAACAUCAAAGACACCGCCAAAGGUCAAAACAAGACGGGGCUGAUGAUGGUCUUCCAGCAGCUGGGCGACCUCCCGAUGCCCAAGGACGAGUGGUACACGCGAGUGUUCCGGAACUUUGCGGGCAAGGAGAAGGACCUGAUCGACUACCGCUGCUUCAGGGAAAUCGUGAAGCAGUGGGAUGAGCACCAUCAAAAGAAGAGAGAAAAACAGCAGCAGCAACAGCAGCAACAGCAGCAGCAGCUGCAGCAGCAGCAGUUGCAAGAGCAACAACAGCAAUUGCAACAGCAGCAGCAGUUGCAACAGCUUCAGGAGCAGCAAAUGCAGCAGCAGUUGCAGCAGCAGCAGUUGCAACAGCAGCAGUUGCAACAGCAACAGCUGCAGCAGCAGCAGCUGCAAGAGCAGCAGCUGCAACAACAGCAGUUGCAGCAACAACUGCAGCAGCAACAGCAGCAGCUGCCUCCGCAACAGCCGCUGUCUGCUCCUCCUGCACGAGAGCAUCAGCGGUCUACAUCAGGGCCAGGGUCGUUGCAGCCACCAGCGCCGUCGGCGGAUUGCUCAUCUGCGCAGAGUACGACCAGAUCAGUUUCUUCCGACCACGCGGCCACCUCCUCUCCAGCGCCCCACUCGGAGGUGCCUAAGGAGAGUGAUCGAGAGCCAGAAGGGCGGCGGCCAGAAACGGCGCCGCCUGCAAGCGUGCCCUCAGCCGGUAGAAGCAUCGCCGCAUCGCCUUCGGAUGAGUCGGAGGUGCAGCCCUUGGAUCUUCUGCGGGGCGCCAGCGGCCUCUCCCGCGCCACCGCGGCGAACAUCGCCUCGGAGGUGAUGUUCCCGACCCAUGUGGGCCGCCUGGCAAUCUUCGACGACUACCUCUUUUGCGGGGACGUGGGCUCGGGCUCUUUUGGCAAGGUGAUGCUUGUCCGGCACAAGAGCACGAAGCAGCUGCGGGCCUGCAAGGUGGUGGCAGUGCAAACAGCUCUUCAACGCGAGCUGAUGGACAAUGAGAUCCGAUUGCUGAAGUCGCUGAACCACCCGCACAUCAUGAAGAUGCACGAGGUGUACUUCGAACAGGCCUCGGAUUCCGGCGCGGUGGCCAGCGGUAACAUCUACCUGGUCACCGAGCUGUGCGAGGGAGGGGACUUGUUCUCCCGCAUCUUGCAUCACUACGAGAGGUUGAAGCAACCGAUGACGGAGAGCCACGUUGCCUUUAUGAUGCAGCAGAUUCUUUCUGCGACCAAGUACUGCCACGACAAGGGCAUCAUUCACCGAGACAUCAAGCCUGAGAACAUACUCUUCGUGGAUCGCAGCGCAAGCUCUCCGCUGAAGAUCAUCGACUUCGGGCUCGCCAACUUCCACGAGAAGAUCAGGGAGCAGGCCAAGGAAGUGAAGGUUGCGCGCAGCGGCACCAUGGGCCGGUUGGCGCGCAUGCUGCCAUCGGUGAACGGGCGCCACCUCAUCCCGUGGCAUGAACGGAAGCGAGUCAUGCAGAAGGCAGGGACGCCGCACUACAUGGCCCCGGAGAUGAUCGAAGGGUCUUACGACCAGAAAGCGGAUCUCUUUAGCAUCGGGGUGAUCCUAUGCCAGCUCUUUACCGGUUGGCAUCCUUUUUACACCCCCGGUGACGAUGAGGUGGCUGUGCGGGCCAAGAUCUCGAGCCCAGAUCCUGUACAGUUCCCUCCGGAGAUCUGGGAGCAGGUCUCCCCACAGGCUUGCGACCUUUGCCGGAAGCUCCUGGAGAAGUCCCCCAGGAAUCGUCUGAGCGCCUCACAGGCGCUGGCGCACGACUGGUUCCGCGACCCCAGCAAGCCCUCGCCCUUUGGCAACGUGGAGGGUCUCAGCGUGUCCAUCUUCGAUGGGCUCAAGCAGUACCAGGCCUACAACAAGCUCAAGCGCGCGGUGCUCCAAUUGCUCACCCGCGAGCUCAGCGAAUUCCAAAUACAGGAGCUGAGGGCCAAGUUUAUGGCGCUGGACACCCAGGGCGAUGGCCUGCUCUCCCCGGAGGAGCUGGUGGAGGGAAUGCGGCACGUGGGCUACGAGAUGAGCCAAAAGGAGCUUGAGCAGGUGAUGGCGGCCCUGGAUGGCAGCGGAAACCAACGCAUCGGCUACAAGGAGUUCAUCUCCGCGCUCAUCGAGCGACGAGUGAAGUUCGAUCGCCAGCAGCUCUUCGAGUGCUUCAAGAAGUUCGACAAGCAGGGUAUCGGCAAGAUCACCUACCAGGACGUGAAGAGCGUCAUGUGCAAUGCCAUCACCGAGUCUGAGUGGCAGGAAAUCGCGGUGGUCGGAGGGCAGUCAGAGACGAGCGAAAUGCCGGAGCUGACCUUCGAUGAAUUCGUAGCCCUCAUGGAGCAGACGGACUGA